GCCAAAAUAUUUCAUUUAGUGUCGCUAUCAAUGUUGACUUUAUUCUUCUAUUCAUUCCUGCUUUAAAACCUAGCCUCCAAAAUGCCUCCCAAGCGCAAACCUUCUUCCUCAACCCCCCCUAUUCUUCCCCCCUGCACUCAUCCCCACCUCCUCACCGCCUCGCAUCCCUUAUCCCAAUUUCCCCGUGUCUCUGCAUCGCGUCGCGCAGCUGCCACGACAGCGACCGCAAUACAUCGAACAGGGAUCACAGAUACGUAUCUUCAUGAUUUCGCAUCGGAUAUAGAGUUUGCAUCUACAUUUCCUGCCCCUUUGGGGCUGAAAGACGAUGCGUUGGAGAUUGACCCGCAAGAGCUUGGUCAAACUUUUAGGGGAUGGGAGAGAGGGAAACAUAGGAAUGCGGUGCCUAGAGUGGAGGAUGGGGGGAGGAGGAUAAUUUAUGUUUUGGGGCCGCCCGGGGUGGAUGGUGAGGAGAUAGAGAAAUUUAUGAGAGGAUGGGAGGAGUGUGAGGGUGAGGGUGAGCGCAGGGGGGGUAGAGCGGGAGGUAAAGGUGCUGAAAAAGAGAAACGGGAGAUGAAUGAUUGGAUGCUAGAUGUCAUUUCUUAUCUCCAAGCAUUCUACCACGGUCUCCCGGUUAAACAAAUGGAUUGGUCACUUCUACAAUUCACGCCAUGGGAAGAAAUGUCUCCACCCUCAACUUCUAAAUAUAAAUCAAAAUCAAAAUCCAAGCCAAAAUCCCGAGCCGCCUCCAAAAAUAAACCACCCACCUACAUAGGCCUCCGCACCUCAACUUCCAAAACAGGCAUCCGUUACCGUUCUACCCCAUCUUCCCCUUUCUCGCACCAACUAAAUCUCUCCGAUCUUCUCGAUCUCGCUAUCGAUAUCCUACCCUCCGAUGCAUACGCAUUACUAAUGCUCGUAAACCAUGAUUUGUACGAAGACGACGAUGAUGAAUUCGUGUGCGGGAGAGCGUACGGGGGAAGCAGAGUGGCCGUUGUGAGUACCGCACGCUACAAGCCCGAUUUAGAUACUAUGCAGGAAAUCGAACGCAUCCACGCUUGGCCGGGAAGUCACUGUAUUGAGUAUAUGAACGAAAUAUAUGGGAUCAAAAAGGGAAAACGAAAGAGAGAAGGAGAUGAAAAUAGAGAAGAAGAAUAUGCAAUUACAGGAAGUCCUUUAGUGCGCGCAGUCACUCGACAAAAUUUUCUUCCGCCAUUAUCUCCAUCUUCUACUCCUGCCGAAGAUGCGCUGAAAGGUCUGUUCCUCAGCCGUAUAUGUCGCACUGCGUCUCAUGAGCUCGGACAUUGUUUUGGAAUCGCACAUUGUACUUAUUAUGCUUGUUGUAUGCAGGGGAGUGCGUCGAUUCAGGAAGAUGCAAGACAACCUCCAUAUCUGUGUCCGGUGGAUUUGAAGAAAGUAGUUACAGCAACGGGGGUAGAUGUUAGAGAGAGGUAUGAGACGUUAUUGGGAUUCUGUGAGAGGCAUGGUAGUGCGCAUAUGUUUGUGGCCUUUGGAGAAUGGAUUCGAGGAAGGUUGGAACAGAUUGAGAAGGUGGAGAGGGGUGAGAUCUUGGACUCAUUGGGGUGAGGCUAUAAAAAUGCAUGCGGAUGAUAUAACUUCGUCUGCUUCUUCAUGUUUUAUCCUACAUCUAAUCAAUUUGUUUCAUUUCAAGUUCACA